UUACCUCAUCACGCAAAAAAAUUACCUAACUCUAUUCUCCCUCACCUCUCGCACGGAAAGGAAAAAGCAGCGGCGGCGUCUGCGAUUCCCGAUCGGAUCGGAGCGGUUGAACAAAGGCGGCGGCGCUCGCAGCUCGAGGUAGGUGCAUCUCCUCCUCUCCCCCUCUUUCCUCCACUCUGCUUCCCGACGGCUGCUCUGGACGUGGCCGGCGGCGGCGGGGAACGGGGGCGCUGUGGCGGCGGCGUGCGGAGGCGCCGGCGGCUGUGCCCCCUCACCCUCCCCUCUUUCUCGUUUCUCAGCAACAAGCACGCACGGAGGACUACGGAGCCGGCGAAUAGAAGCAGCAAGGCUGUCUCUCUCUUCCGCACUCAAAAAAUCGAAGAUUUCUUUGAAUUACGUACUUCUGCAAACUGAAUAAUUGCUGGACGUUAUUAGAACUUGGUUACCAUGGAUUUUCUUGAACCAAUGAUAGCCUUAGACGAGACGCAUUAUCAAGACGGUUACAAAGAUGGUUAUGAUGAUGGCAUGGUAUCUGGAAAGGAAGAAGGAAGGCAGGUCGGUUUAAAGUUGGGUUUCCAGGUAGGUGAAGAGCUAGGUUUCUAUCAGGGCUGCUUGGAUGUGUGGAUGUCAAUAAUUCGCCUUGAUCAAGGUGCAUUCUCAGCUCGGGUCAGGAAAUACAUGGAGCAACUAGCUGCACUUCUAAGCAACUAUCCUUUGUCUGAUCCAGAGAAUAAUCUUCAGGACAUGAUGAAGGAGAUAAGGCUGAAAUUCAGGGUUAUCACGGGAAGCUUAGGAGCAAAAUUGGGGUAUGAAGGUCGUCCCACAUCAUCAGAGCAAGACCUUGAGGAUAUUUAGCUUGUUUAGCAUUAUUCAUAGGGUUCUUAUGGAUUAUCAAAUCUCAGCACCACUUUGAAACUGAUAUUUGGUGUCUAUAUUGUUUGCUUUUGAUUUUGGACUUAUGAUGUUCAGUUUCACGUAUGUUGCUAAAGGUCUGCAAGGAAAUGUGCCGCCCCUGGGAUAAUGGAGGAUACCUGGAGCAGUGUAUCUAACAACCACUUAAAGUCUCUUCAACUUGAGAAAAUUUUGGAGUCGUGUUAUUUCUUAUCUCUCUAAUUAUCUUUUCAAGAUGAGAUGAUAUUCUUUGCUGUACUGAACACAUAGCAAUUUUAUGCCAGUCGCAUGUAUUUCCACUCUAAGCAAUGAUCAGUUUUUCAUUGGCUUUUA